ACAGCAGAGCUCAGAGCAGCCUCCCGCCUCUGUCAGUGGAGGACGUCCACUUAAAUGCAGUUCCAGGGUUGCAAGGCACCCAGCCGCAUCACUCCCCGUGUGAGCAGGCAAAUGCAACAUGCUCUCCAGCCUGGGGUGUCUACUUCUCUGUGGAAGUAUUGCACUUGCUCUGGGAAAUGCACAGAAAUUGCCAAAAGGUAAAAAGCCGAGCCUGAAAGUACACAUCAACACCACCAGCGACUCCAUCCUCUUGAAGUUCCUGCGUCCAGAUCCACACGUAAAGCUGGAAGGUUUUCUCCUGGGAUAUGGCAGCAAUGUGUCUCCAAACCAGUACUUCCCUCUUCCCACAGAAGGGAAAUUCACGGAGGCUGUAGUUGAUGCAGAGCCGAAGUAUCUGAUAGUUGUGCGACCUGCUCCACCUCCCAGCCAGAAGAAGUCAUGUUCAGGGAAAUCUCGCCCUCGCAAACCCCUCCAGCUGGUGGUGGGUACGUUGACACCGAGUUCUGUCUUCCUGUCCUGGGGCUUCCUCAUCAACCCACACCACGACUGGACAUUGCCAAGUCACUGUCCCAAUGACAGAUUUUAUACAAUUCGAUACAGAGAAAAAGAUAAAGAAAAGAAGUGGAUUUUUCAACUCUGCCCAGCUACUGAAACAAUUGUGGAAAAUCUAAAGCCCAACACAGUUUAUGAAUUUGGUGUGAAAGACAAUAUAGAAGGUGGAAUUUGGAGUAAGAUUUUUAAUCAUAAGACUAUUGUUGGAAGUAAAAACAAAGUAAAUGGGAAAAUUCAAAGCACUUAUGACCAGGUCCACUCAGUGCCAGCAUAUGUCCCAAGGAAGCUAAUCCCAAUAACAAUCAUCAAGCAAGUUAUUCAGAAUGUUACCCACAGGGCUUCAACCAAAUCCCCGGACAAGACUCCUUUUGGAGGAACAAUAUUGGUUCAUCUUAUUAUUCCGGGUCUUAAUGAUUCCACUGUAAAACUUCCCACAUCCAUAAUGCUUGAGAUUUCAGAUGCUCUCAAAGCACAAUUAGCUAAGAAUGAAACAUUGGCUUUACCAGCAGAAUCUAAAACGCCAGAGGUUGAAAAAGUGGCAGGGCAGCCAGUAACCGUGACCCCGGAAACAGUUUCAAGAAGCACUAAGCCCACCCUGUCCAGUGCUUUAGACACUGCAGAGACAGCACUGGUCCUCAGUGAGAAGACGUCAGACACCGCACACUCUGUUCUAAUACCUGAGUUUGAAUUGCCCUUGAGCACUUUAGCUCCAAAAAGGUUCCCAGAGUUUCCUGAGGCAAAACCAGUCUUUCCAUCGGAGAAACCAGGGGGUUCCUUGGUUUCAAGUGAAGAGCCAUGGGUGGUACCUGGAGCUAAGACAUCUGAAGAUUCCAGAGUUGUACAGCCUCAAACUGCAACUUAUGAUGUUAUCUCAAGCUCAACAACUUCUGAUGAGACUGAAAUAGAGCCUCACACAGCAACAAAUGAUCCUAUUCUGGACUCUAUCCCACCUAAAACUUCUAGAACUGCUGAACAGCCAAGGGCAACACUGGCUCCAAGUGAAGCCUCAUUUGAGUCCCAAAAUGCAGAAAUCUUCACCAGUCCUGAAGUGCGACCUACGACAGCUGCUCCUCAGCAAACCACCUCUAUCCCUUCCACACCCAAACGACAAUCAACACCCAAACCGCCAAGAGUCAAACCUGCCCCAGAAGCUGAGAGUCGACCAUCUGCACAGUCAACAAAGGCUCCACACAAGACCAGAAAACCAGGUCGCCACCGACUCCGUCCUAAAACCACACGUAGUCCAGAAGUACCCAAGUCCAAGCCUGCUCUUGAACCUGCCACUGUUCCACCGGAGAUCUUGAUACCCACAAUUGUUCCCAAACCACCCCAGAGACCUAAAGCUACACGCAGGCCAGAGGUACCCCAAAUCAAGCCUGUCCAUGAGCCGGUCACAUUUGGAAGUGAAGCCCCUGCCAUAGUUACUACUAAAGACACUGAACCUGUGAUUACGAGAACCCAGGCAUCUGUGACAAAAUUAGCUCCAAAAACAUCACAACCAAGAACUCGCCAUCGACAUCCCAAAUACAAAGCAACCCCAAGCCCAAAGAUACCUCAGACUAAAUCAGCAGACCUGGGACCUAUCACUCCUGAGCCAAUUCUAGCUUCAACAACAAAAAAAGUCCGCCGUCCACGUCCCAAACCUCAAAUCACACCCUAUCCAGAAGUCACUCAGACAAUCUUGGUUCCUGCUACAAGCCUUGAACCAGUUAUUAGUACUGAGGUUCCAGGGACAACAUUCGUUCCCAAACUGCCUCAACAACCAGGCUAUCCACAUCCCAAGCCUAAAACCACAAGGAGUCCUGCAGCACCUCUGACAGAACUGGCCUUUGAACCAGUUACUCCUUUAAAAGAGGAUCCAGUGACCACAAUAGUUCCUAUUACAGACCUUGAACGUGUUACAGACCUUGAAACACCUGUUGCUUUUAGAACUGAAGCCCCUGGGACAACGCUAGCUAGCAAAAUAUCACAAAGAACCCGCCGCCCACGGCCCAGACCUAAAGCCACAUUGAGCCCUCAAGCAUCUCAAACAAAAACUGCUCCCCCCAAAACACAGAGAAAACAUCAUCCACGUCCCAACCCAAAGCCUAUGCCGAGUCCUCAAGUACCGGAGUCCAAACCAGUUCCAUCAAGAGAACAUGAACCUGUGACACUCAGAACUGAGACCUGGGUGACAACAAAAGCUCCUAAAACACGAAAACGAACCCGUCGUCCACGCCCCAAACCUCAAACCACACCAACUCCUGAGGGUCCUCUAACUAAACCUGUUGCUGCUACAGAUCUUGAACCCAGUGCUCUUAGCACCGAAGUGCCUGCAACCGUGGGUAAUAAGAAUGUGUGUCUUUCUAAUCUCGUUCUUGCUACGGCACUUGCACCCGUCACUCUUAGGACCAAGGCUCCCAAGACAACAACAUUAGCUCCUAGUGUACAGCGGACACGCCGUCCACGUCCCAGACCUAAAACCACAGCAAGUCCAGAUGUGUCUGAAUCCAAGUCGGCUCCUACUGAACUUCAAACUCUUGUUUUGAAUCCAGUGACCUCACCAAGCCUAGAAAUUACACAAAGUCAAUCUGUUUCUGAUGACCUGGAAUUGGUUGCAUUUAGCACUGAGUCACCACAGAAGACAAUAGUGCCAGCUGAAACAGAGUAUGUAGAUACCACCACCAAAGAACCUCUCAGGCCAGAGGAGCCAAGGACGGAAGGUGGUAAAAGGUUUUAUGCUAUGAUUAACUCAUUCUGCUAUUCAAGCCAUGCUCCCAGGCAGACAACCAGCACACCUCCCAAGCUCAAAACACCACACUCAAGAAGGCCAGCAAAAGAGCCAGUUCCUAAGGGAUCCCUGCAUACUACUUCAAAGCCAAAAGUGCCACCAAGCCCUAAAGUGGCAGACACUACAUCUGUUCCAAAAGAUGAACGACUUUCCCAUAAACCAGAGCCUGAGGUCUCUCACAGCGAAACUGUUCUGCCUCCUGUCACCUUUAGAGUUGAGCCACCGAAGACAACAAUAGCACCUUUAGAGACACGGGGCAUUCCUCACCUACCUGUGAUUUCACCAAGACCUAGUCAAGAGGAACUACAAACCACCAUGGAAGAAACAGACCGGUCUACCCAAGAGCUCUUCACAACUAAGAUUCCUCGAACAACUGAAUUGGCAAAGACAACUCAGGCACCACACAGAUUACACACGACUCCUAUGAGACCCAGAAUACCUGAUAGGCCACAUGGCAGGCCUGCUCUGAACAAAACAACUAUAAAACCUGAUAAAACCAAAUCCAGAGGGACGUCCCAUAAAAAUGGAGUAGGAACAGGAACCAAGCAAGCACCUAAGCCAUCUAGUACUGGGAGAAAUGUGUCAGUGGAUUCACAAGCCACAAGAAAACCAGGCUCAGUCCCAGGGACUCGUCGCCCACCCAUACCACAUAGGCAUGCGUCCCCUAGACCUGUGCCUCCACAGAGAAAGCCUUUACCACCGAAUAAUGUCACCGGAAAGCCAGGAAGUGCAGGAAUCAUUUCCUCCGUCCGAGUGACUUCCCCACCCCUGAAGGCAACCCUCAAACCUAUUGGAACAGCCACAGAGAGACCAGGGGCAGAGAAGAAGCAACCAACUGCUCCUGCUUCGGAGGAAGAAUUUGGUAAUACCACUGACUUUAGUUCAAGUCCCACCAAAGAAACCGAUCACCUUGGGAAGCCCAGAUUCAUAGGUCCCCAUGUGCGAUAUAUCCCAAAGCCCGAAAACAAGCCCUGUUCCAUCACUGACUCAGUCAGACGGUUCCCUACAGAGGACGUCAUGGAGGGGAAUGCCACUAGCCCACCACAGAACCCACCCACCAACCUCACUGUGGUCACUGUCGAAGGCUGCCCGUCAUUUGUCAUCUUGGACUGGGAUAAACCUCUAAAUGACACUGUCACUGAAUAUGAAGUCAUAUCCAAAGAAAAUGGGUCAUUCAGUGGGAAGAACAAGUCCAUUCAAAUUACAAAUCAAACGUUUUCUACAGUAGAAAAUCUGAAACCAGAUACAAGCUAUGAAUUCCAGGUGAAACCCAAAAAUCCACUUGGUGAGGGCCCCGCCAGCAACACGGUGGCGUUCAGUACUGAGUCAGCUGACCCAAGAGUGAGUGAGCCAAUUUCUGCAGGAAGAGAUGCCAUCUGGACUGAAAGACCCUUUAAUUCAGACUCUUACUCAGAGUGUAAAGGCAAGCAGUAUGUUAAAAGGACGUGGUAUAAGAAGUUUGUCGGAGUGCAGCUAUGUAACUCUCUCAGAUACAAGAUUUAUUUGAGUGAUUCCCUCACAGGCAAGUUUUACAACAUAGGAGAUCAGAGGGGCCAUGGAGAAGAUCACUGUCAGUUUGUGGAUUCAUUUUUAGACGGUCGCACAGGACAGCAACUCACCUCUGACCAGUUACCCACCAAGGAAGGCUAUUUCAGAGCUGUUCGUCAAGAACCUGUGCAAUUUGGAGAAAUAGGUGGUCAUACCCAAAUCAAUUAUGUCCAGUGGUAUGAAUGUGGGACCACAAUACCUGGAAAAUGGUAGAAGCAACAAAAUUAUUUCCAAAGUACUUCUAGUUCAUUAUCGCAAAAAGAAAAAAAUAACAAAAAGAACCCAUUGGAAAUAAUGGUUUUUGUUACACCUAUUCAAAGCUAUUUUUGUUUACUAUGUGUAAGUUUGCAAUCUGAUAGCAGUACUAGAUGUUUAUUAUUAGAAAAAAAUUACUGAGAAUAUUUAUCAGGUUUUACAAAGUCAUUUUUAAAAAGCAAGAUUAACAUUAAUAGAAUAGCAUUUUAGGGAAGCUGGCUCCCUAUUCAUAUUUUAAAAGAUCAUUUGUAUAUUAUUUAUCACACUGUUGUAAUGUUUUCAGAUACUUUUAUAACAAAAUUGUCAAAAAUCUUUAAUAAUCUUUAUAAAAAGUAUUUACUUUAUUGAUGUGUACGUGUUGUUGAACUAAUUCCAUAAAUCUCUUCUUGGUUUAACUUAUUGGAUCAAAUAAUCUUCAGCAUAUACAUGUGACAGAAAGUAGUUCAAAUACUUACAUUGAUGUAAACUUCAAUUUUUAGAAUCAGAUGAACAGAUUCUAAGUUUAAAUAGUUAUAUACUAAUGCUAAUAUUUCCAUGUUACCAGCAAAUUAUUGCAAAAAGCCUGAAUCUGUACAAUUUUAUCUCAGCCAGAAAAUGAUAAUCUGAUGUGUCAAAUGAUAAAUGUCUUUUUUUUCCUGUACCCAUACUAUUAUGUCUACAAAUACUUUCUUAAGCUCUUCCUUUAAGUAGUUUUUUAAAUGGCUCUAUGGUUCUAUUCAAGCUGUAUGUAGAGACUGAGUGUGAAGUCAGCAUGAAAAGAUAAUGCAUGGUGAGAAGCUAUUGUUUUAUAGGAUAUAUUAUAUAUUUAUAUGUUUAGGCCAUGAAUGAAUGUAUCACAGAAUGUUUUUGUGACACUGUUUACUUAAGCUGUAACAAAACUGACUCAUUUCAUGAAUAAAAAAAGCAUUGCUUUCCUUCAUGUGUGGGAGGGAGCCAAGAAAAUUAUUG